AUGACCGAUGGCUUAAGUAUCAUACGUAACUCCUCAAAGCACAUCGAGGCCGACGAUGCACCGAAACGUAGCGAUGACGUCAUAAUAGGUGUGUCGCCCCACCAACAGAGGCCUGGGAAUGAUCACGAGGAAAAAGGUAGAGUGGAUCAUGUGAGAUUAGACGCACAGCAUCAUAAAUAUUGGAAUAAAUCACAACAGCAUAGAAAGACGGAAUCCUCGUCAAAAUGCCUUCCUCGCCAAGACAUCGUCUUUUGGAAGACACACAAAUGCGGGAGCUCAACGAUGCAGAAUAUGAUAUUUCGUUAUGCAGUCAGGAAUGAUCUUCGGUUGUUACUGCCACCAAGAACUCACCUGUUCGAUCUUAUACAGCGUUUUAAUGCGAGUAGAGACGUGCCGAGGGAGUUUAUUGAGAGGGGGAGACAAUUCAACAUCUUUGCACAUCAUGCUCGAUUCAGUGCUGCAGAUAUCGCAACCCUGAUGCCUCGAGGUAGUUUCUACGUCACGAUCCUAAGAUCACCGCUGACCUUGUACGAGUCUAUUUAUUCCUAUCUGGGUCUUGGAAAAGCAUUUGGCGAUGAGACUCAUCCUCUCAAAAUCAUUCCCUUCCUGAAGAAUCCAAACUCAUUCUAUAACGCGACAGACCGGAGUGUCCAUCGCCGUUAUGCACGAAACCCUCUCCUCUAUGACCUUGGGCUUGACCCGGAAGACAUGGAGAGCAAAGCGAAGAUUGCAGAUACGAUCCUCGAAGUGCAACUAAGGUUCCAUUUUGUGAUGAUUGCCGAAUACUUCGAUGAAUCUCUGGUCUUAUUAAAAGAGCUGAUGUGCUGGAAUUUUGAUGAUAUAACGUAUUUAAGAUUAAACGCGAGGGAGCGCACUCAUAGAACUUCGCCUUAUGCAGCGAACUUGAUACAGAAGUGGAACUAUGGAGAUAUGCAGCUUUAUCAGUACUUUAACGAUUCAUUUUGGAAGCGAGUAGAAGCGUACGGACGCACCCGAAUGGAGCGCGAUGUUAGGACGUUGCGAGACAUGAACGCACGGUUGUUGGACCGUUGUGUGGAAGAGGAGACAAAUGCAGAUGACAUCGAGGAUCAGGAAUCGCAGUGGCACCCCGAAGGCAUCAACAUCGUUGCGUACCGCCUGAAAGCAUCGGCCAAGAACGAUCGCACCUGUAGGGACGUCAUCAAGCCAGAGAAACUCUUUACAGAGGAAAUUCGCGCCAAGCAAGGGGACUAUUAUUUCGCGCCUAAAAACGGGAAAGAGAUGAUUAAGUGGUGGCAUAUAAAGGACGAGACGGAUAAGAAUGCGGUGAAAGUAUUGGAUGCCUUAUUUGACCGGAUGCAUCCGCCGUAGAACAACUUUUUUGCUUCUUGAAGAAAUUAAUUGAAUAAACCUAAUUUCUUAUAAUAAAAUACAAAAGAACAAGUGGGGAUAUGGCAUCAUCAGCUUGCUCAUUGAAUAUUCAUAAAGACAUGCCUAAAACUCUUUUCACCGGAACAAUUCAAAUCUUUAAAAUGCCAUACCUUGUUAUUCCUUGUCCGAUUUGGAUCAAAUUGUCAGUGUUUUGUUUGUCUAAUAUUUCUUUAUCUGUUCAAAUCACAUUAUUCUCAGCCUGGAGUGCCCCUUUAACCCUAUCUUAACUGGGCUAUUUCGGACCAGUAUAUACUGGGGGGGGGUCAAUUUGACCCCCCCCCCCCCCCUCAGAUCUUGGCCGCUGAUUGCGCAAUCGCCGCGAUAAUUUACAAGCGCGUAGAGCCGGAUUUAAACUACAAGAGUGUAUAAUAAAAGUUUUUUUUUAUAUAUUUUUUAUUAAUUAAUUAUGCAAAUAAGCAUAUGAAAUUUGCCAUAAAUUUGUUUUUUUGUGUAUGUAUUUGCCUUUAACUCAAUUUAUAUAGCUAGUAGAAUGCUAAUUUUUGGUGGGAGUAUCAAUGAUUACAUUUAUAACAAAUAUCUACAAAAAAUAGCAAGAAUAUAAUUAAUUUCUUAUGUAUUUUAUUGUUAUUUAAAUUCUUAUGUAUUUCUUUGUUUUUUCAAACCUUUGUUUUUUAUUGUUUUUUUCCCGAUGAACUUUGUCGAGGACCCUUUUGCGAUCAUAAAUAGCAUAAAAUAAAUCAAUUUUAACCAACGAAACUAAAAAUAAUCAUACAUUUAUGAUUUUUGGUUGAAAAACACAAUUUGCAUUGACUUUUUACACGGAAUCACGUUUUUGAGCAAUUUCUGGUCUGACAUGCACUUACAAAACGUUGCGUAAUUUUGGAACCGCGUACCCGGACGUCGCAAAUUUGGUCUCAAAAGAUACGCAAGACUUGAAAUAAAAAGUCAGUGAGUGGCGCAGUAAAAAAAAUUCGUGCGACGGCGUAGUGACAAAAUUUGUUGAGGGGAGGGGGUCAAAUUGACCCCCUGUGGAGCCGUGUUAUGUGCAAACGCCGGGAUAUGUGCAAACAACGGUAUAUGUGCAAAAUUUCGCCGGGAUUUGCGCAAACAACGGUAUUUGUGCAAACGCCACGCCAGGAAAUGUGCAACUCUGUCAAAAUUUAUUAACGGCAUCUGUGCAUACGUGACGACGGGAUAUGUACAAAUGAACAAUUUUCACGGGAAAUGUGCAAACCUCCGGGAUAUGUGCAAAUCACUGUUUUUAUCAAUAUUAAGUCUAUUUCUCAUGAAAUGUGUCAUAACAUUAACAUGUCGCAAAAGGAAGCUACAGUGCCAUCGGCAAUGAAACGCCUUUCAAAGAGGCGGCGGGGGGGUGUUACACCCACAAAUGUAAUAAACGCCCACAAAUGUAAUAACACUUUACCCACAAAUGUAAUAACACUUUAGACACAAAUGUAAUACUUUCACCCACAAAUGUAAAAAUGCACUUUAUACACAAAUGUAAUAAUGACUACCCACAAAUGUAAUAAAUUUGAAGGGAUUUUUCGCGAAUCUGUUCUGAACUAAAACCCUAUAGUAAUGCGUUCAUAUAGCGCAAAGUCAGUCUUUUUUCUCCAGACCCAGUUAUAUAAAACAUUUAAACAAUCUUCCAAACAAAUGAAAAUUAAUUUCUUCUUAAUGUUAAAUAACUGUUGUUGUUGUUUUAGCUUAUACGGCCUGUAUCAUUUUAAAAUAGAUGUAUAGCGAAGUCUUUCCUCCAGACCCAGUUAUAAAAAAAAUCAUUAAAAACAAAACGACAACAAAAAAGACCUUGCAAUCUUAUUAACACUGAAUAGCAUGGAAAUAUGGUGUAGUCUUUGCUCCAGACCCAGUUAUUUCAAAAUAGCAAAUGAUAAAAAACAAUAAAAACAAACAAACGAUAUUAAGAAAGACCCCUCAAUCCCAAUGAUUGUGGGGUCGAAUAACUUGAAAAUAUAGCGUAGUCUUUCCUCAAGACCCAAUUAUUUCAAAAUAACAAAUCACAAAAGAUAGAUAAUAAUAAAACAAGGACCCCACAAUCUUAUUGAUGUUGAAUAACAUGAAAAUAAAUGCAGUCUUUCCUCUAGACCCAGAUAUUUCAAACAACAAAUACAAAAAAUACAAAAAAUAUAAAAAAAAAACAAAGACCCCGCAAUCUUAUUGAUGUUGAAAAACAUGGAAAUAUAGUGUAGUCUCCCCUCCGCACCCACUUAUUUCAAAAUUACAAACCUUUUUUUUAAGUGAAAAAAAGUAACAAAGACCCCAUCAUCUUAUUAAUGCUAAAUAACUGUGUGUGUGUGUGUAUUUGAGUUUUGUCAGACGUGUAUCAAUCAGAUAUGAUUAUUUACGUCUGGGACCGACCUUUAACGUCACCAUCUGAAAGACGUGACCAGGGCUCGAACCUCAGCAUCAAUUUGUAACUUCCCCACAUAGCUUAGAUUACAGGUGCACGCCACAACGCCCAGUGGAGACAUGGAGACAUGGCGUAGUCUUUCUUCCAGACCCAAUUAUUUAAAAAUAACAAAACAAUACAAUAUAACCCAACAAUCUUUAAACUAAGAACCUGUAAUAAAAUAAAGGUUUAGAGAGUUUUCUUUAUUCCAGACCUUGUCAUUUUCAAAAUUAAGAUAAAUGAAAUAUUCAUUUAACUAAGACUCAAUCAUGUUAUUGUGCCUGUUCAACAUGAAUAAUAUGAUCGGGGGAGCAUUUCAUCAACAUUAGUUAUGUCCGACAAGUUGUCAGAUCUGACAACCUUCCUUGAUGUUGAUUGGCUAAGAAGCAGUGCUACCAUGGUAAGUGUCGGAUAAAACGUCUGACAACUCCUUUCAUGAAAUGCUCCCCGGGCUCUUAGUUUUGAAGAUUUUAUUUUUAAUUAGAAAUUUCUUUGCCUGGAAGAAAAAGUAUGUUUUAAAUGCAUUCUUUAUUACAAGAUCUUAGGCUGGAAGAGGGUUUUAACUUUAAAUGUUGGUUUUCUUGUUCUGUUUCUUUUGUCUGGUAAAACUAAGUAUGUGUUAUCACAGGGUUUUAUAGUUUGGAAGAUGCUGGGGUCUAAGUUUUAUGAUUAUGUUUCACUUAAUUUGUAUUAAAAAAAAACAGGGUGUGGGGUAAAGACAAAAAAACGCUCGAAACCCAAGCAUUUUAACUAGGUUUAAUUUGGAAGAUUGGUCUUCACUCUUGGCUUUAAUUUUUUUUUUUAAACCGGGUCUAGACGAAAGACUAAGCUUAACACUCGUGUUAUUCCACAUGAAUAAGAAUAUGACAGGGUCUAAAGUUGUUAAGAUUGUUUAAAUCAUUUUUAAAAUUACUGGGUCUGGAAUAAAGACAACGCUCUAAACAUGUGUUUUUGUACAUGGUCUUAGUUUGGAGGAUUGUUGGAUCUUAUAUACGUUUUUUUUUUUUUUUUUUUUUUUUUUUUUUUGGGGGGGUGGCUUUAAUUGCUUUUUAUGCCACCGCAGACGAAGUCCGGAGGGGGCAUUAAGCGUUGCCCAUCAGUCCGUCCGGCCUUCCGUCCGUCCGUCCCCCAACUUGGUUUCCGCGCAAUACCUCGAAAAAUAUUUAAUGGAUUAAACAAAAAAUUGGUGUGUAGGUAGAUGACACCAUAAUACAGGUUAAGUUAGAAUUCUGAGUCCGAAGGUCAAAGGCCACAGCUCAUUAAAUAUGCGAGUUGGUUUCCGUAUGAUAACUUAUGAAAUAUUUAACAGAUUAAACAAAAAAUUGGGUGUGUAGGUAGAUGACACCAAGUUCGACUUCGGAGUCUGCAGGUCAAAGGUCACAGCUCACUAUAUAUGCGAGUUGGUUCAAAGGUCUAAAUUUUUUCAUUAUAUAUAAGCAUAUUGGUUUCUGCACGGUAUUAAGUUCAAUUAUAUUGAAUGGAUU